GUGUCAAGAUUAAUUCCUCCCUCCAUUGGACUCGUGCCAUCUGGAAUCUGGAAUGCGUUUUGCCACACCGGCAAAUUGAUACUUUGAAAGAAACGUGUCAAAUUGCUUAAGGAGUGUUAGAUUCUCGGUGAUACUUUUAAUAUUUUCUAAAAAUGGUGCUGGACCUAGAUCUUUUCCGUAUCGAUAAGGGCUUUAACCCAGAAAAAAUUCGGGAGAAUCAAAAGAAGCGAUUCAAAGACGUUGGGCUCGUUGACACCGUCGUCGAGAGAGAUACAUUUUGGCGACAGUUACGGCACAGGGCAGAUAAUUUAAAUAAAUUGAAGAAUGUGUGCAGCAAAGAGAUUGGGGAGAAGAUGAAGAAAAAAGAACUCGUUGGCGGAGACGAAUCAGUGCCUGGGGAAAUUGCAGAGAGUCUGGAGAACGUCACCUCAGAAAACUUGAAAAAGCUCAAUGUUAACCAGAUUAAAAAGGUCCGGGGACUUAUCGAUGAAGCGAUUCAACAAAAUGCACAAGAUUUAGUAAAAACAGAAACUGAACGCAAAGCAGCACUACGUGAGGUUGGUAACCAUCUCCAUGAAUCUGUUCCAGUAAGCAAUGAUGAGGAGGAAAAUAAAGUAGAAAGAACCUUCGGUGAUUGUACACAGCGUAAAAAAUAUUCUCAUGUUGAUUUGAUCCAUAUGAUCGAUGGUAUGGAUGCAGAACGGGGUAGUGCGGUAUCUGGUGGUCGAGGCUACUUCCUUGUAGGACCAGCUGUUUUUUUAGAACAUGCACUUAUCCAGUUUGCACUUAGGAAGCUGUUCGACAAAGGAUAUAAGCCAUUAUACACACCUUUUUUCAUGAGGAAAGAUGUGAUGCAAGAAGUGGCACAGCUAUCACAAUUUGACGAUGAGCUUUAUAAAGUAGUUGGAAAGGGUAGCGAGCGUGGAGAGGAUAAGGAGCUCGAGGAAAAAUAUCUUAUUGCUACCUCAGAGCAACCAAUAGCUGCUUUUCAUAGAGAUGAGUGGAUUGCCGAAGCUAGUCUCCCAAUAAAAUAUGCUGGGCUCUCUACUUGUUUUAGGCAAGAAGUUGGCUCACAUGGUCGUGAUACCAGGGGUAUAUUCAGGGUACAUCAGUUUGAAAAAGUAGAACAAUUUUGUUUGACUUCACCGCAUGAUAACAAAUCUUGGGAAAUGAUGGAUGAAAUGAUAAGUAAUGCAGAAUCUUUCUAUCAAGAACUUAAUAUCCCAUAUAGAGUGGUGAACAUUGUUUCGGGAGCACUCAACCAUGCUGCUUCCAAAAAAUUGGAUCUAGAAGCUUGGUUCCCGGGUUCAGGAGCUUUCAGAGAAUUAGUAUCUUGCAGUAACUGCCUUGAUUAUCAAGCAAGAAGACUGUUGGUUCGCUAUGGGCAAACCAAGAAGAUGAAUGCUACCAUGGACUAUGUUCAUAUGCUGAAUGCCACAAUGUGUGCUGUUACUAGAGUAAUAUGCGCAGUUCUUGAAGUUAAUCAGACCGAAACUGGCAUUAUUGUACCACAAGCUAUCAAACAGUUCAUGCCCAUCCAAUAUCAGGAUGAAAUCCGUUUUGUGAAACCAGCUCCCAUUGACGAGGUCGAAACUAAAAAACAGAAAAAGCAGAAAGAGGGAAUGCAAAAAUGAAACGUGUUCAUAUUAUUAACAGAAAUCAGCAAUAGCUUCGUUAAAUCAACUUGGGUCUAGCAAUCGAUGAGGCAGUGAAUGAUCCAUGGUAUUUGCUUCUGUAGGUAUUUAUGAGUCAAAUUUCACCUGAUUGUAAAAUUUCGACUUCAGUCUGUGCUUCACUCACUUUUGUAAAAACUUUGACGGAAAAAUUUGUUCCGUCAAAUAACCAUAAUCAAAUGAACGAUAAAUAGUUCCGCCGAUUUCUUCUCAAUUAAAUGGAUCAAUAAAUUAUUUGCUAUCUUUUGCGCAUUCAA